AUGAACUCGGUAGAGGCGCUCAGCAAUGUCGCCUUUACGACAUCGGGCGCACUGCUAGACACCGAGUCGCUUCAUUUUUCAGAGAAAGUGCUCGUCGUCUUGCGAGAUGGGAGGAAACUCAUGGGCAUGUUCAGAUCAUACGAUCAAUAUGCCAAUUUCGUGCUCUGCGACACGAUCGAACAGAUCUAUCACCCAGAGAGCCAGACGAUUGCAGAACGACAAGUAGGCGUCUACCUCGUCAGAGGGGAGAACGUCGCUCUCUUGGGUGAGAUCGAUCUCGAGCUAGAGGACGAGCCGCCGCGACGACUGAACCAAGCGCCAAUUCAUACGCUGCUACCCGUGGUCAAGGAAGAAGCGAACAGGCGGCAAACGCUCAAAGAGAAGCGAGACAAGAUCUUACUCGACCAGCGAGGCUUCUCCGCUGAGCUAGGGGAAGAUCAAAAGUACUAA